AUGGUCAGUAAACCCUUCAACCAACCAGGUUCGCAUGCUACUAGCGAUACUGGAAAAGCCAAUGACAUCCAGCGUGUCAGGAAGCGCGACGUAAUCCGUGAUAUCUUUGGGUUUUCCAAAUCCAAGACAAAAGAGAUCGAUGCCACGGCCACCAACCAGGCAGUGAGUGCUCAAACCCCUCCUCAAGUUGUAGGACCACCUACUACAUCCUCAGCCAGUGACGUUCACCCAGUUGCCGACCAAGCUGUCAUAUCCACGCCUCCUGUUGACAAUCCAUUGCCUGCACCUGUCGAAACCAAGAGGACCUCGAACAUCUUUCUCGAGAACUUGCCCGCGCCUAUGAUGAAGACUGCGUUGCCUGCUGUCCAGGAUCGCAUUGAGGUCACCCAACAGUUGGCCUAUUGCAGUGCCUUGCUACUCCACGGCUCAUCUCCUCCACUGACCACCGCUGCUGAACUUGAAGAUCAGACCCGCGAUUCCGUCAUAACACUGCAGAAGUUCCAAAACCUCGACAAGAAGGAACUUGAUUGGCUUGCAGAGAUGGACAAGAACUUGCCUGCGAAGGAAUGUAUCUCCUGGCUGGGAACACGCAUGGUCGACGAGUUUGCCAAAGAUGUCCUCAAAGACUCGACCGAGAUUGCCGAGAUUGUCCUUCUUGGCCCUGUCUUGGACAAGGAGACUUACCGCAGCCUACUGUCGUGCACCAUCACCGCAUUCGAGCAGUCUGUUCUUCUGAAUGUCGACCUCCUGCAAGGCGUAGUUCAGCUCGUCCAAGUGUCCCCACCUGACUCUCUGGUCUCUGAUGACCUGGUCAAGAUCCUCCGUGUCCUUAGGAUUUGCUUGCAGGACACCCAUCAGCAGUCCUCGGUGCACCCUUUUCAUCUCACACUGGCACUGUCGCGACUUCUUGACGUGAUGGUGGAGCACAAGGUCAAGGAUUUGAACCGCGUCGAGGAUCAUGAGCCUUUGUCGGGAAUCUUGUCAGGACUAGAGGGUAGCUCGGAUCCAUACCUGAUGUACCAGGCAUGCUAUGCGUUCCAGGCGCUGCAGUAUGUCCCUGAUGAUGAGAGCGCUCUUCAGUCAGUUCUUCGACACGGGACUGGAGUUGUAAAUGGCCUCAUCCAGGUUUCAGGCGUGUUCAAGCUGGAUCUAGGAGCAGUUCUUGAGGGCCUAAGCAACCUUCAAGAAGCACUCGGUGGCAUCAUGGGAGUUGCCAGUGAUGUCUACAAGGGUGUGAACUCUGUGAUGGAAAGCGGCCGUGGAGUUUUGGAUGGUCUCAAGGAAGGAUUCUCUGAAGGAAAGAAGCGGCCAUGGUACGCAGCCAUCCGUGUUGCUCAGGCUCUUUUCCAAGCAGGCCAGCUGAAGGAUCUCAACCAACUCAUAUACGAGGCACCUUGUCGUGGUGACCCCUUGUUCCAAUGGGGUAUCUGCCAGCUUCUGGGAGAGAUCGCAUCCGAUGUCAUGUGGGAUACCAAUGUCCGCCAGCAAGCCAUCGACCUUCUCGGAGACCUGUACAAGAACGAUUCACAGUGGGGGGAGGACGAAAGCGUCAAGACCUGGAUGGUUAACAUUAUUGGUCAACUCAGUACCGUCUCUGACCAGGCCGUCAAGACCAUCGCCAUUGCCUUACUCAAAGACUUCCACCAGGAUCAAAACACCACCAUCCGACUUCCAUACCCGCUGAGGAACCGUCUGCCUCUGCCUACAUCGUCUCCAAUCCUCGCCCGCGUUCAAAACAUUACACCCCUCGAAUACGAUUUGUGCCAAUAUCAAGUCCAGCGAUUGCAGCAGCAUCGCCAGACGGUAUAUAUCCCACCGUUGGUAAAACCUAAUCUGAAGGCCAAGGAUGAGGAUGUCUUCCCUCUGCUGAAGAAAGUGUUAGAGUUCCUGGCGAGUGAGCGACAAGUGAUGUUGGUGCUGGGUGACUCUGGGUCUGGCAAGUCGACAUUCAACCGACAUCUCGAACAUCGACUGUGGACUGAUUACAAGCAGGGCGGACCUAUCCCACUGUUCAUCAACCUUCCCGCCAUCGACCACCCAGACCAGGAUUUGAUCGCCAAGCAUUUGCGGGCCAACAACUUCGGCGACGACCAGAUCCAAGAGAUGAAGCAGCACCGCGAGCUCAUACUCAUCUGCGAUGGGUACGACGAGAGUCAGCAACAGGACAACCUUCAUCGAAGCAAUGCGCUGAACCAACCAGGACAAUGGAAUACCAAGAUGGUCAUCAGCUGUCGCACCCAGUUCCUCGGACCCACCUACAUCGAUCGGUUCAAGCCGCAGCCUACAGAUCGCUACGCUUCUUGUUCCCAGGAUGUCUUCCAAGAAGCUGUCAUCACCCCCUUUUCCAAGGAUCAGGUCAAGAGUUAUGUCGAGCAGUAUGUCCAAGAUCCAGAGACGGUGCUUUUAUUCAAAAACCAGUCCGCCUGGUCCUCGGAGGAGUACAUGUACAAGUUGACAGCCAUCCCCAAUAUCAUGGAUCUCGUCAAAAACCCAUUCCUGCUCACCCUCGCUCUCAAGGCUCUGCCUGGCCUGGUCGCUUUGAACAAGGAUCUUGCGAGCAUUCGCAUCACCCGCGUUCGUCUUGACGAUAUGUUUGUGGACCAGUGGUUGGAGACGAACCGACUACGCAUCCAACCCAACAAGCUGAGCCAGAAGGACCUGGAAGCAUACACCUCUUUAAUAGACGACGACUUUAUAGGAUGCGGGAUCAACUACCUGCUUCGUCUAGCUGCCGCCAUUUUCAAGGAGCAGGAGGGCAACCCGGUUGUGCAGUAUGUCCAUCGACAGGACAAGGACUCUUGGAAGGCUGAGUUCUUUGGGACUGAUCCCGAGGCCAAGUUGCUCCGCGAGGCCUCCCCGUUGACGCGCACCGGCAACCAGUUUCGCUUCGUACAUCGAUCAGUGCUGGAAUAUCUCCUCUCUCGCGUCAUCUUCAACCCGAUCGAGACUGUGGAGGAGGACAUGGAUCCAGAAUCUGAGAAUGCAUCCCCCACCGCUCUCUUGUCGGACGGCAACAACCCCUUGUUCCAGAAGAACCUGCUUGCUGAGCCAUCGAUCAUCCAGUUCCUAUGCGAUCGGGUCAAGUCAACCCCUGGUUUCGAGCAGCAACUCCGGGCUGUGAUCGACCUGUCCAAGACCGAUGAGACUGCAACCAUCGCCGCCGCCAACGCCAUAACGAUUAUCGUUCGAGCUGGUGUGGCCUUUCACGGUGCCGAUCUACGAGGUGUCAGGAUCCCUAGUGCCGAUCUUUCCGGUGGUCAGUUUGACUAUGCGCAGUUUCAAGGAGCAGACUUGACGGGUGUCAAUCUUUCGAGGAGCUGGUUGCGAGGGGCGGAUUUGAGCGGCGCGAAGAUGGACGGUGUCCAAUUUGGGGAACUCCCGUACCUGGAGUUGGGUGACAGUGUGGUUACUUGUGCCUACUCGUCUGAUGGAAGAAUGCUUGCCGUGGGCGUAACCGGCAGCGUUAGCAUUUAUGACACCUCAUCAUGGACGAGCACCUAUUCUUUUACAGCACCGGAUGGAGUGGACACUAUGGCAUUUUCACUCGACGGCACAAGGGUCGUGUUUGGAGGGAGGGAUGGGAUGGUUAGGCUGUGGGAUUGUGCCAGCGGCCAAGAGAUGUUCGUCAUGGAAGGACACCAGUCCGAUGUGAACUCCGUUGCCUUUUCUCCCUGUGGCAAGCAAAUCGCCUCGGCUGGAGAUGACCGAACAAUACGAAUGUGGGAUUCUCAGACCGGAGAGAGUCUCUUUGCCUUGGAGGGUCUCACGGACUAUGUCUGGAGCGUCAAGUAUUCUCCGAGCGGAGAGCGGCUGGUGUCGGGCGGUUCCGAUGGGACGAUUCGGUUUUGGGACUCGGAGACAGGAGAGCCAGGGAUUGUUUUGGACUCUUCCUUGGGUGGGGGUUUCACUCUUGCUUUCUCUACUGAUGGACGGUGGAUUGCUUCUGGUUAUUCGGGGGGUGAAUUGCAACUUUGGCACGCAAUGUCAGGAGAGCCAGGUCCCGUCCUGCAUGGCCAUACCGACUGCGUUACGGGAAUUGCGUUUUCUCUAGACAGCCGGUGGAUCGCUUCUUCUAGUCGCGACGAAACAGUGAGACUAUGGGAUGUGUCGACAGGCACUCCCAUUGACACGCUGUCAAGCCAUAAGGCCGUGAACGAUGUCGUAUUUUCUCCGAAUGGUCUUCAAAUCGCAUCGGGUGGUAAAGACAACAGAGUGCGGCUGUGGGAUGUCGAAUCUGUUUUGACGUCGAGUGUUGAGCAGCAGGAUCAAAUCGGGCCAGUAGGGAAGACAGUGUACUCUCCGAAUGGUCAAGCUAUUCUUACAGUCGGCAACAGGGAUACCGUCAAGCAGCUGGAUUCUCUGACAGGAGCUCCCGUACCACUUUCGACCGAGUUAUCGGGGUCUCUAUCAUUCUGGUCCGUGUCAUAUUCAUUAGACGACAUCCCAACCGCGACUGUCGAUCAAGACAAGAUUCUUCGAUUGUGGGAGCUUCAGGAAGGAGGACGAGAGACUACUCUGGAAGACUCAGGGCUGUUGAAUAACGUUACCAUGUCGCCUUGCUGUCGUUGGAUCGUGUCUGUUGACUGGGACAAUACCGUGGCGCUGUGGGACCUUGCCAACACUCAACAAAAGCACGUACUUAUUGAGAAUGGCGGAGUCAAUGACGAGGAUAUCCGCCGCUUGGCAUUCUCGGCGACCGGACAUCAGCUCGCAGUCGGCUCAUUGGAUGGCACCAUAUGGCUCUUUGAUCCUCAAUCGAAAGGUUUAAUAACGUCCAAGUCGACAGGUGAUAGUAUUGAGGCGAUGUCGUUUUCGCCGGACGGCCAGCAGCUUGCAGUCGGAACCGAUGAGGGCUCGAUCUACCUUUGGGGCUUACAGUCAGAGGAGAGCGCCAUCGAGCUGAGAGGACAUACAGAAAGGGCAAAAUGCAUUGCCUACUCACCUUGCGGCGAAUGGAUUGCUUCCGGCGGUUGGGACAAUACAGUGCGAGUCUGGCACAGGCGGCGACCAUCAGUCGAUACGGAGACCUGGUCGUGUGUCUCAACGGUCCGUGGCUACUUUGACAUGGUCCUUGACAUUGCCUGGAGUCCGACCGUCCCUAUGGAAUUUGUCACUGGCUGCUACGACGAAUCUGUCCGGGUCUGGCGAGUGUCGAGCGAUGGUGAAGAUGUUGUCAUCAAGCUACUCUGGGGCACCAAUCUUGCGAUUCUCCACGCCGACGGUCUUGUGUUCAUAGGUACGACUGGUCUUAGUCCGAUGCAAAAGAAGUUAUUGGUCCAGCGCGGCGCCAUUGACGAUUCGUUAACAUUGGAGGAAGAUGGAUGA